GUGUGCAUGGGACCUUACAAACAAAAGCAUAACAAUGACAAUGCUAUGAAACUGUAAAAAAUGGGUGGGGCACAAAAGGGCAGUUUUGCACAGGGCAUCAUGCAUUCUAAUGCCAGCCCUGGAUAUCUGUACCAGCUUCCUAAAUGUGGAUGGUUCUAUUUUACUGUCCUUUAGAUUACUUGUGGCCAAUGAAGUUCUGUUAGUUAUUCACCAGGGCCACACUUGGUGUAUGUCAUACGACUUGUGUUACUAGUGGUACCGGGAUAGGACCAACCAUCGCUGAUCUUCAGCACAUAAUAGGAGGCGGUCCCCGAGAGCCGUCAGACACGCCCAGCCUGAGACGGAGCUCCACCUCCACUGGACCACGUGACUCGCUGACAAGCUAAAUGUAGACAAUGAACUCCCAGACCUAGGUAGUAAGAGACGCCUCUCUCCCAGCCUGACGUCUCUGCCGCUGCCGACCAAUCGGGCUCCAGAAUAAGGCUCUUUAAAAAAAGUAGACCCGGCGAUGGUGUGGCAGUCAGCUGUGUACGGAUCCAUCCGCCCAUGUAAACAUAAGGAGUAGAUCCCACAGUUGGAAACCAGUUGGUCGAGCUGAAAAGAAAUCUGUCAGUUGUGGAGGCAGGGCCAAUGGCUGUUCGGAGGAGGCACCAAUAGAACACAGACUGGCAGCCUCCAUUUGCUUGUGAUGUUGAUAAACUUCACUUCACCCCACGUAUACAAAGACUUAAUGAACUUGAGGCUCAGACCAGGGUAAAGUUGAAUUUCUUGGACCAGAUUGCCAAGUUCUGGGAACUGCAGGGAUGUACUCUGAAAAUACCUCAUGUUGAACGAAAAAUACUGGAUUUAUUUCAGCUUAACAAGUUGGUGUCUGAAGAAGGUGGAUUUGAUUUAGUCUGCAGGGAAAGGAAAUGGACCAAGAUUGCUGUAAGAAUGGGCUUUUCGACCGGUAAAGCGAUUGGGUCUCAUAUCCGGGGCCAUUAUGAACGUAUACUCUAUCCUUACAACUUGUUUCAGUCUGGAACUAGCUUACUGGCUCCAGAGUCAUGCACCAAACUGCUUGUAUUCAAUGAUGAUGAUAUCCACUCAGAUAAGAAACCAACUCUUGUUCCUGAUGUUAAAGACAAGGAGUACAAACCUCAUGAUAUACCACAGAGGCAAUCUGUCCAACCUUCAGAAAACUGUGCUCGACGGGCUAAGCGUAUGCGAGCAGAAGCUGUUAAGAUUAAAGUUGAACCCGGAGAAGAGCCAGAAUUAAGACCUCGGACUUUACGCCGAAGGAUGGGGUCUGCACCCUCAAUAUGUGAAAAUGAUGAAAGUCAAAUAAUGAUCAAACGAGAGCCAGUAGAACCAGCUAUAGAGAAGCCAAAAUCUAAAUCAAAGAAAAGCCGAAGUCCAGUGGAUCUAUAUGUUUGCUUUCUCUGUGGAAGUGGAAGUGAUGAAGACCGUCUCCUUUUGUGUGAUGGUUGUGAUGACAGCUACCAUACCUUCUGUCUCAUUCCGCCUCUGCAUGAUGUGCCCAAAGGAGAUUGGAGAUGCCCAAAAUGUCUGGCACAGGAAUGCAGUAAACCACAAGAAGCCUUUGGUUUUGAGCAGGCAGCUAGAGAUUAUACCCUACGUAUGUUUGGAGAAAUGGCUGAUAGUUUCAAAUCGGACUAUUUUAAUAUGCCUGUGCAUAUGGUGCCUACAGAGCUGGUAGAGAAGGAGUUUUGGCGUUUAGUAAGCACCAUAGAGGAAGAUGUAACUGUUGAGUAUGGAGCAGAUAUUGCUUCAAAAGAAUUUGGCAGUGGAUUUCCUGUACGAGAGGGCAAAUUCCGUGUCAAACAUGAAGAUGAGGAGUAUCUGGACUGUGGCUGGAAUUUAAAUAAUAUGCCUGUAAUGGAUGCAUCAGUUUUGGCACAUGUAACUGCUGAUAUUUGUGGAAUGAAGUUGCCCUGGCUUUAUGUGGGCAUGUGCUUCUCUUCUUUUUGUUGGCAUAUUGAGGAUCAUUGGAGUUACUCAAUUAAUUACUUACACUGGGGUGAGCCAAAGACUUGGUAUGGUGCUCCUGGAUAUGCGGCAGAACAGCUGGAAGAAGUGAUGAAGAAACUGGCUCCAGAGUUAUUUAUUUCUCAACCAGAUCUCCUCCAUCAAUUGGUUACCAUUAUGAAUCCAAACACUCUAAUGGCUCAUGGUGUGCCGAUAUAUCGAACCAAUCAGUGUGCUGGAGAAUUUGUCAUCACAUUUCCACGGGCAUAUCACAGUGGAUUUAACCAGGGCUUUAACUUUGCAGAGGCAGUCAAUUUUUGUACUGUGGACUGGCUGCCUCUUGGGCGCCAAUGUGUGGAACAUUAUCGAGCCUUGAACAGGUACUGUGUGUUCUCUCAUGAUGAGAUGAUCUGCAAGAUAGCCAGUAAAGCAGAUGUAUUGGAUGUUGUUCUGGCUUCCUGUGUACAAAAAGAUCUUGCUAUUAUGAUUGAAGAGGAGAAAUAUCUCAGAGAAGCUGUCCGCAAGAUGGGGGUUGUGGAGUCUGAAAAGAUCAAUCUUGAGGUACUAGCCGAUGAUGAACGGCAGUGUGUGAAGUGUAAAACCACCUGCUUCACAUCUGCAGUAUUUUGUCCCUGUAGUCCUGGAGUUCUUGUUUGUCUGCACCAUGUUGAUGCUCUCUGCUCAUGCCCUACCUACAAGUAUAAGUUGGGGUAUCGUUACACCCUUGAGGAUUUGUACCCUAUAAUGAAUGCUGUGAAAUUGCGUGCAGAAUCCUAUGAUGAUUGGGCUUCUGAUGUUGUUGAUGCAAUGAAAACCUCAACAAAUAAAAAAGGCCUUUCAUGUCUUCGAAAACUUGUAGAAGAAUCGGAGUCAAAGAAAUUUCCGGACAAUGACCUCCUGCGACAUUUACGAGCUGCAGUACAAGAUGCAGAAAAAUGUGGAGCACUGGCACAGCAACUGCUGAAUGGAAAACGUCAUACCAGAUUUCGGUCUGGUGGUGGAAAGUCUCAAAAUCAGCUUACGGUUGUAGAACUCAGGUCAUUUGUUAAACAACUUAAUUUAUUGCCAUGUAGCAUUAGCCAAACUCCCCAACUCAAGGACUUGUUGAGUCGUGUGGAAGAAUUUCAGGCACGGAGCCAGAAGCUCUUAGCAGCAGAAAUGCCCCAAGCUAGUGAACUGCAGCAGCUUCUUGAUUCAGGUUUUCAAUUUGACUUGGAAUUACCAUUAGGAAGCCUUCGGGAGCGUCUGGAACAAGCACGUUGGUUAGAGGAACAACAGCAAGCAUGCCAGGAUCCUGGAACACUCACAAUAGAUGUCAUGAGAAGACUUAUAGACUUAGGUGUAGGACUGCCACCUCAUGCAACUGUGGAGAAAGCAAUGGCUAAACUUCAGGAAUUGCUGACCAUGUCUGAACAUUGGGAUGACAAGUGCAAAAGUCUCCUUAAAGCAAGACCACGACAUGAUCUUGACACUUUGACCAUAGCUCUGCGGGAAGUAGAGAACGUCCCAGCGUACCUUCCAAGUGUAGAUUCUCUGAAGGAUGCAGUGCAGAGAGCACAGGAAUGGUUAAGGAAGGUUGAAGCUUUGCAGACUGGCCCCAGAGUUCCUGUUCUUGACGCAUUGGUGGAACUGGUGAAUCAUGGGCGAGCAAUUCCAGUCCACCUUGGUCCACUGCCAAGACUUGAAGCCCUGGUUGGUGAAGUCCAUGCCUGGACAGAGUGUGCCACUAGCACAUUUUUAACACCCAACUCCCCUUAUACUUUGCUCGAGGUUCUCUGCCCUCGAUGUGAUCUAGGGUCUUCUAGUUCGAAAAGGAAAAUGAGAAAGGUAAAAGACCUGCCUGCUUUAGCUGGAAAGAAGAAGUAUCCCAAACCAGAUGGCCUUCUAGAGUUGGAGAAAGCUUUGACUGAGAGCAAAGAUACUGCUACUGCAAUGGCAACUCUUGGUGAGGCCAGACUACGUGAGAUGGAGUCUUUACACACUUUUCGAGUGUCUAAUGAAAAUAGAAUGUUGUUGAGAGAAGAACAGAGUGACUGGAAAGUGUGUGUGUGUCAGGGUGCACCCAUGGCUCCAAUGAUUCAAUGUGAGCUAUGUCGAGCUUGCUUCCACACUGGUUGCAUUACAGCUCCAAAGCAUGGAUCCCUAGUCUGGCUAUGUCCACAGUGUCAUCGCUCGAAAAAACCACCUCUGGAAAAAAUCCUCCCUCUCCUAGCAUCUCUACAACGCUUGCGUGUCCGACUUCCAGAGGGUGAUGCCUUGCGCUAUCUUAUAGAGAGGACGGUCAGUUGGCAGCAUCGGGCACAGCACAUGUUGUCUUCUGCAGACCUAAAGCUUGCACAAGAGCGAGUCAGUUCGAGUCAACUAUACAACAAAUGGCAAGCAACAGCUGGGCAGCUUUCAGAUACUUGCAAUGUAUCACAGAGUGUUGGAGCCACAUCCUUCUCUUUGUCCCAUGAAUGGGACAACAGGACCACCUACAUCCAGUCUCCAUUUUCACCUGGACGCAACUGUGUCCCUCUGAACAGUUUAAGUGCAGAAUUGGAUGAGUUACUUAUGGAAGCACAGCUUCUGCAAGUCUCACUUCCUGAAGUACAUGAACUUUAUCAGGGUCUUGUGAACCAGACAACCACACGAAUACAUGAACGUAGCAUAACGCCGAUAGGCACUGGGAGGGAGAAGGCCCCUUGUAAGCAACAUGGAGCAGAGUGGAACACUGCACGUUCUGAGGUUGUAUCCUCCUUAAUGAAGAGGGAAAGGAUUGACUGCACAGACAAAAAGUUAAAAAGGCGUCAUGAGGGCUCUGAUGUUAGAAUGAAGAAAGCAUCUGCUCCACGUAAAAAGAGAGUUAAGUCCUUGCAAUCCAAAGAUCUGUGCAGCAGGGAACAAUGUCUAGAAAUCCGGGACAGUGACUCAUUAUAUUCUCUUACAUCUGAAUCUGAAGAUGAUGAUGCAGUUUGUCCUGCAGACCAUUGCAUGGAGCCUGAAGGCGAUGAGGUGGACUGGGUACAGUGUGAUGGAAGUUGUAAUCGUUGGUUUCACCAGGUCUGUGUUGGUGUUUCUGCUGAAACAGCUGAGAAGGAGGAUUAUGUGUGCACUCACUGCAAUGAAGCAAUUGUGGCUGCACUGAAAUAAGGGCAGAAUUCCCCCUCCUUCCUCAACAAAUCAAGACUUUACUCCUCUACCCAAGUUGUGGGUGGGAUUGAUAAGAACAAUACUCACAGGAGCUUUAGGAUUCUUCUUCUUUCCUUUUGACACAUGUCUGGUUUCCUUUCCAGAUCUGGACCCCAAUGGUGCUUUUCAGACCCUAUAAAUUCACUUCUCUAUCCAGGGAACUCAGACUUCACUGAAAGAUGCAUUGUUUUAUAUGAUUUCAUCAACUCUACAGCUGUUACAUAUAACAGAUCAGCUGGUUCUCCAGCACAGUUAGUUAUAAAUUUGUUUGUUUGAUAUCUGAAAAGAGGCUGUUGUCCCCUUCAUACCUCAUUUUAGGGAUUGCAGGUCACUGCAGUACACAAGGGAGUCUGGAUUCAUUAUUUCACUUUGAAUGAGGUACAAAGAUUUGAGGUUUCUGUUCCACUUAAGACCAUACAGUUUGUGUUUUUUCUUUUUGUGUAGGAAAGUUUUCCUGAGCAAUAACUUUGAUUUUGUUGCUUUUCUUUCUUAAAUUCCAAAAUGAAAUCAGAUGCUGAACUUUUUGCUCUGAAAUAAAACCCUUUCAAAAUAAGGGUCUUGUACAGAAAUGUUGGGUGAGUAGGUGCUUAGGACAGCCAGAGUGUUAGACAUAGCAAACUGAGCUGUACAUCAGCUUUCCUUAAAUCCCUAUUAAUUAUUAUUUCUUGUUUGUUUUUGGCUUUUCUUGUAGCUUGUAUUAAAAUUUGCAGUUUAUAUUGUGGAAUUAAAAUCCUUGGUUAUAAAGAAAAAGAAAACGAAUUUUACUGUAAUUAAAUACUGCAUACCUGUACAUGUAUCAUUAUAAAUAGUUUUAAUUAAGUCGUCUUUAUGUAAAUGUUAAUCUUAUGCUAGCAAUGCUGAUAUGACUCUAGCUAUAUAUACAGUUUUAAUGAUUUACAUCCCAAACAAAUUAUUAAACAUAUCUAGAUAUGUUAAAGUUUUCCUCAACCACCUAACACCUUUAGGGUCAGGUCAUUUUUCACCUUAAAUGGGCACUUCUAAAAUAUAUCCUUAUGGUAUAUCACUAACAUUUUAACCUGUCAAGUUCUGUAUGUUUACACCCUGUUCAAUUGUUAGAACAAGCCAGGAGAAGUUCACUCUGCUUUGUGUCACGUUACCGAGCCAGUUGCAUAAUGUAAGUCUAUAGGACAGUCUCAGUCACAUAGAUGCUAAGUGGGGAGAGGGGCAUGUGGCAGAGCUCUUCUCUACUCACUCGUUCUAGUAAUCGGUUGGUGAUCCCUAAUGUCAAAAGUUUUUAGUUUUUUUAUAUGUAAAUGACACGUAUACUUUAAUACCCAUGGCCCAAGCCAUCACUUUAUGUGAUAAUAGCGUUAUGAUGAAUUUACUUUAUGCUAGAGUUUUUAUGCUAGUUUUUUUUUUCUUCUUUUUGCAACACAUUUUAGUUUAUACCACUGGUAACUUUAGAUUUGAUAUAUUCAGUUAUUUAAAUAAACAAAAAGGCAGUCCUCUAAGCUAAUAGUAACAUAGUUCAUAAGGUUGAAAGAAGUUCAACCUAUAACCCUGAGUCCCUACUGAGUUGAUCCAGAGGAAGGCAAAAAACCCUCAUACUAGAGGUAAAAAAAAAUUCCCGACCCCAAAUAUGGCAGUCAGAAUAAAUCCCUGGAUCAACCUUCUGUCCCUAUAAAUCUAGUAUACAUAACCAGCAAUGUUGUUAUUCUCCAAAAAUGCAUCUAGACCCCUUUUGAACUCUUUUAGGGUAUGUUCACACUGAGGAAUUGGGGCGGAAAUCAAGCAGAAAUUUUCUGCCUCAAAAUAUUAUUGUUACUUUUCCACAAGAA